AUGUCUGCCCAGGUCCCAGUAGAUACUGUAGACUACAACCUCUGGUUUAAAGAUCAACAAUAUGGCCCAGGAGCUUAUCCCACCGUCGAUACCCUGACCUUUCUUUGCUGUCAGGAUGCAGCAAUCUAUAACGCGAAAAUACGCUUUCAAGAAGAGACAAUGAGAGUCCACGAGACCAUUGCACCAACAACAGCAACAGCCUACGAUAUCACGGAUCUCAGUCGCCACGUCUUCGGCUAUUGGGAGAUGAUGCUAGGUAUAGCAAAAGCGGAUCCUGUUUGGGCGGCCAGUUACGGAGGCAUCAAUACGCCGCGCUCCUUUAAUAGUAGUUGGAGUCGCGCGAAGCAGCACAUCAGGGAACUUAUUAUUAAGAACCAUCGUGCCGCAGACCAGGCUGCUGCCGAUGCCGCUGAUAGUAAUGAAGGGUUUGACAAUGAAGGGGAAGAGGGAAGCGACGAAGAAAGUGUUGGCAGCGUUAUCGUUGUCGAUUACAACAAUGAUGGGGAAGAGAGUAACGACGAAGAAAUGGAUGAAGAUGAUGAAGGAGGAAAUAGCGAUGGAGAUAAUGGUGAUGAAGAUAGUGAUGAGGAGAAUGGAGGAGAAGAAGAUAGUGAUGAAGAAAUGGAUGACAGCAGUGUUAUCGUUGUAGAGUACAACGACGAGGAAGAAGAGGGUUAUGGCGAUGAAAUGAAUGAAGGAGACGUCGAAGAAGAAGAAGAGGAAGAAGAUGAAGAAGAAGAAAGCGAUGGAGAAAUCGUAGGUUUUUGGUGGGAUCAUACGAGAGAUACUAGUGGUUUGAUAUAUAGUCUCGACACCACUGGUAUAUACGAGUUCCCGGUUUGA